CUGGAGUCGAGGAAGCCGCUACUCCCUCGUGUGAGGGCGGUGAUGUUUUUCAUCCCACCCACUUUUGAGUCCCCCCUCCCCCUUCGCGCACUCUCUAGCUCUCUCCACAACCUGCGAGCCCCAGACCUCGGAGGAGCGCCCCAGGGAGCUCGGAGCCUGUGCACGCGUGGAAGACAGAAGAGGCCAAUGGCCAGUGCGAAUACAUCAGGCCCUGAAACUUUUGACUUACCUUUUGAAGUAGCCAAGAUGAGAAAAAGGUGGAAAAUGGGAGUCAUGAAAUACAACUUUUCUUUGUUGCUGUUCUUUCUUUUCCUAGAAGGAAGCAAAGCAGAGCAAAUAAAACAUUCAGAGACAUAUUGUGUGUUUCAAGAUAAGAAGUACAGAGUGGGUGAGAGAUGGCAUCCUUACCUGGAACCAUAUGGACUGGUUUACUGUGUGAACUGCAUCUGUUCAGAGAAUGGAAAUGUUCUCUGUAGCCGAGUUAGAUGUCCAAGUCUUCAUUGUCUCUCUCCCGUGCAUAUACCUCAUCUGUGCUGUCCUCGCUGUUCAGAAGACUCCUUACCCCCAGUGAACAAUAAGGUGACCAGCAAGUCAUGUGAAUAUAAUGGAACCACUUAUCAACAUGGUGAACUGUUCAUGGCUGAAGGACUCUUUCAAAACCGGCAAGCCAAUCAAUGCACACAGUGCAGCUGUUCGGAAGGAAAUGUAUAUUGUGGUCUCAAGACUUGCCCCAAAUUAACUUGUGCAUUCCCAGUUUCUGUUCCGGAUUCCUGCUGUAGGGUAUGCAAAGGGGAUGGAGAAUUGUCAUGGGAACAUUCUGAUGGUGAUAUCUUCCGGCAGCCUGCCAACAGAGAAGCAAGACACUCUUACCAUCGCUCUUACUAUGAUCCUACACCAAGCCGACAGGCUGGAGGUCUGCCCCGCUUUCCUGGGGCCAGAAGUCACCGAGGAGCUCUUAUAGAUUCCCAGCAAGCUUCAGGCACCAUUGUUCAAAUAGUAAUUAAUAACAAACACAAGCAUGGACAAGUAUGUGUUUCCAAUGGAAAAACCUAUUCUCAUGGCGAGUCCUGGCACCCAAACCUCCGGGCAUUUGGCAUUGUUGAGUGUGUGCUAUGUACUUGCAAUGUCACCAAGCAAGAAUGUAAGAAAAUUCACUGUCCCAAUCGCUACCCCUGCAAGUACCCUCAAAAAAUAGAUGGAAAGUGCUGCAAGGUGUGUCCAGGUAAAAAGACAAAAGAAGAACUUCCAGGCCAAGGCAUUGACAGCAAAGGCUACUUUUGUGGGGAAGAAACAAUGCCAGUGUAUGAGUCUGUGUUCAUGGAGGAUGGGGAGACAACCAGAAAAAUAGCACUAGAGAAUGAGAGACAGCCUCAAGUAGAGGUUCAUGUUUGGACCAUUCGAAAGGGUAUCCUUCAGCACUUUCAUAUUGAGAAGAUAUCCAAGAGGAUGUUUGAAGAGCUCCAUCAUUUCAAGCUGGUUACCAGGACAACCCUGAGCCAGUGGAAGAUAUUCACUGAAGGAGAAGCUCAGAUCAGCCAGAUGUGUUCAAGUCGUGUGUGCAGAACAGAGCUUGAAGAUUUGGUCAAAGUUUUGUACCUGGAAAGAUCUGAAAAGGGUCACUGUUAGAUGAGGCAGAGGUAUUGGAGAGGGUAAAGCAAAAAACUCAAGCUGCAGCUGGACUGCAGGCUUAUUUUGCUUGAGUCAACAGUACCAUAAAAACACAAACUCAAAUGUAGGUUUUUUUUUUUUCACGACAUGCACAGCCUAACUUUCUACUUUAUGUGGAGUGGUGUGUCAGCCCUUAA